CUUUCUUCACACCAUCUGGAUUCUAUCCAUUUUACUCCUCCCUCAGCACUUGGAAUAGAAACGAGAUUUAAAUGUGCCAAUUUUCUACUUGUUAGCAACUGUGGUAAUAUGUUCAGUGGGAAAGGGAUUUAUACCGUUAAAUAGAAGGAGGUUUUUGGAUUGUUUAAGGCUUUAAUUUGUUGAUGGGAUUCCUAGAAUCUACUACCAUCGAUAUUUGAGGAUUGAGUACAUUAGACAAGUUUGUAGAUUUACAAAAGUGGAGCUAAUGAGGGCUGCACUUGAUUUUCUUAUCCAACCCUUUAGUUCUAAAUUUAUUGCCAAUUUUAUUUAUCAGACUUAUUCUCAGGGGAGUAGCAUUUGCUGUGGCCCCAGGGAAACAUCUGUGAGCUUAAACCUUAGAGGCAGUUAGCCAGUUAGAACAUUUGGCAUAUGAGGCUUACAUUGCAGAAGAGAAAAAUUAAUCAAGGCAAUCUGUAAAAAUAUUGAGAAGGCAACUAAGAAAAAUGUCUUAUCACUGACACACUGAAGUACUGAGUUCAUGUGAAUUAAGAAAUGUCAGAAUACAUAAUGAAUCAACUAGGAGUGUCAUAUUAUGGCAAAUUUGGAAGUUGAUGUCAAUCUCUACUGCCAGGAUUUAUGGUAGAUUAUAUAAUGGAAUCCUGAGUUCUAAGAGAUCAAAGGAAAAUGCUGGCUCUUUCUUCAUCCAUUUUCUUAGGUCAAGCCUACCCAGCAAGAAGCCAAGUGGAGUUGAGCAAUUAUCUGAAGUGGGCAGUAGAGACAGCCAAAACCAGAUAAAACACAACCAAAAAGUCACCAUGGAGGGAAAAUAUGGACCGAAAAUAGAAGGGAUGGGAGUAGAACGUCAAACAAUUUGGUCAGUGUCCACAGUUCAAAUUCACUGGACAACAGCCAAUUCCUGGCUUCAUAUAAUUAGAACUGGGGUUUAAGAAAUGAGUUCAUUACCAAGGUUGUUGCAUGUUUGUGCAAAAUUUCUCUGUAUCUGUGUUACUAUCUAUGGCAUGUCUAAUUCUGAGUAUUUCCAGGAAUUGCAUUUCACUGUUUUGGAUUACUGGGUUGAGGUGGUUGAGGAAACUCAUAUAAUCUGUAGAUUUACAUGGAGAGAAAUUGUCUUUUAUAGAUUAAUUGAAUAUUAUAUUUAAUUAGUCCUCCCCCUCAACUCCAAGCAUAUGCUUAUGAAUUUUCGAUGGAAAACCCUGGUAUUCACUUACUUUAUCAUUUCCUCAUGAAGCAAUUUCUGUAUCCCCUUUAUUUUAGUAGAACAUAUUAACAAAGCGUACAAGUCCCCUAUUAUAGGAUUUGCAUUAUUUUUGGUUAAAAAAAAAAAGCGUACCAAAACCUUAGAUCAGUGUGGUGCUUUUUUCCUUUUAUUUGAUGUGGAAACCAUAAACUACUUACUCUGAGCAGAUGUUUUCUAGACCUAAAAUAUAGUUAUCAGCCCAUUGGCUCCUAUAAAUCUGGCCUUGUAUACCUGCUAAUCCUGAAGACUCCUUAAUUCAAUGUUAAGCUUCCCAUUUGUUGUUUUUUUUAAUUGAGAAAAAAAUUCAUAAAUUAGGUUCACUGCUGUUUCGAAUUAAGAAAAACGAAUUUUUCACUCUCAUAUCCUGUUCAUUUGAAGCUGUUGUAUAGCAGUUUUUAAAAAAGAUUUUAUUUAUUUAUGUGACAGAGAAAGCACAAGCCUGGGAGUGGGGCAGAAGAGGGACAGAGAGAAGCAGACUCCCCACUGAGCAGAGAGCCCGAUGCAGGGCUGAGUCCAGGACCCUGAGAUCAUGACCUGAGCUGAAGGCAGAGGCUUAACUGACUGAGCCACCCAGAUUCCCCUCUUGUAUAACAUUUUAGAAACAAAAAACAACCCAGGGCCUCUUUUCAAUAGCUCAGUUUGAUGUUUGAAAUCCACAGUGAAAAUCACCCACGAAUGUUCUCGCAGCACUCCAAGAGAAUCUACUGGAAUAUCUUAUAAUAAAAUAAAAAUUUAAGAAGAAUUUUUCUUGCAAGUAAGGAUUAAGAAACCUGUUUUAUAAGUAAUAGAAUAAAGGCAUGUAUUGAGUGGUGUUGCAAAAUUCCUUACUUGUUCUCUGGAGUGACUGCUUUUCCCAUCCUAUUAGCAACGGCUGACUCGGUGGUAAACCCAAACCACACAGCCAGAACAGGUGCAACUCUGUUGAACACAUAUAUGAGAGACUGUGGGCCAGGACCUUUGCGCUGCUGACAAAUCAAUCUACAGAAAUGGAAGUAGACCUGAGUUGGACGUACGGACCUGAGUUGGUGUAACUGAUGGUGUUAAUGGUGAACAGCUUCCGCCCUGCUUAGCUUUGUAAAAGAUUAUGAUCAAGGAAUUUGAGCCGAACAGACAAGCAAAAUAUUGAUUCUUCAGUGCCUAUUGAUGAAUGAGGCCACUUUGAUCCUUAACCACCUUGUUUCAUUUAAGUGAGAAUCAAACCAGCUUUAACUAAGGAAAUCUUUAGAAACCACUUACACCGUCAUUUCGCUCCCCGUUCAAAACAAAAUGAAGAAGAAAGCUAGAAAGACUUAAGCAUAUAAGCUUCUGCACGUUGUCCAGGACUUAAUGCCUAAUCUUAGCACAGCUCUUUUCAAGAAAGGAUGUAGAUAUUAAUCUGAAUUUUGAAUCACCACUGAGGUGGCCGGUCGGCUGCUGAGCCCUCUGCCGCGCGGGGAGACGGUGCGCGCCUUGCCCGCGGCCACUGGCCAUGACCAUGACCCUCCACGCCAAAGCGUCCGGAAUGGCCCUGGUGCAUCAAAUCCAAGGCACCGAGCUGGAGACCCUGAACCGCCCGCAGCUCAAGAUCCCCCUGGAGCGGCCCCUGGGCGAGGUAUACGUGGACAGCAGCAAGCCCGCCGUGUACAACUAUCCCGAGGGUGGCGCGUGCGACUUCAACGCCGCUCCCGCAGCCUCCGCGCCCGUCUACGGCCAGUCCGGCGUCGCCUACGGCUCCGGGUCCGAGGCGGCGGCGUUCGGCGCCAACGGCUUGGGGGGCUUCCCGCCGCUCAACAGCGUGUCUCCGAGCCCGCUGGUGCUGCUGCACCCGCCGCCUCAGCUCUCGCCCUUCCUGCACCCCCACGGCCAGCAGGUGCCCUAUUACCUGGAGAACGACCCGAGCGGCUAUGCGGUGCGCGAGGCCGGCCCUCCCGCUUUCUACAGGCCAAACUCAGACAAUCGGCGCCAGGGUGGCAGAGAGAGAUUGGCCAGUACCAGUGACAAGGGGAGCAUGGCUGUGGAGUCUGCCAAGGAGACCCGCUACUGUGCAGUGUGCAAUGACUUUGCCUCAGGCUACCAUUAUGGCGUCUGGUCCUGUGAGGGCUGUAAGGCCUUCUUCAAGAGAAGUAUUCAAGGACAUAAUGACUACAUGUGUCCAGCUACCAACCAGUGCACGAUUGACAAGAACAGGAGGAAAAGCUGUCAGGCCUGCCGGCUCCGCAAGUGCUACGAAGUAGGCAUGAUGAAAGGCGGGAUACGGAAAGACCGAAGAGGAGGGAGAAUGUUGAAACACAAGCGCCAGAGAGAUGAUGGGGAGGGCAGGAAUGAAGUGGGGUCCUCUGGAGAUAUGAGGGCUUCCAGCCUUUGGCCAAGCCCACUCUUGAUUAAGCAUACUAAGAAGAACAGCCCAGCCUUGUCCCUGACAGCCGAUCAGAUGGUCAGUGCCUUGCUGGAGGCUGAGCCCCCCAUAAUCUAUUCCGACUACGAUCCUUCCAGACCCUUCAGUGAGGCUUCGAUGAUGGGCUUGCUGACCAACCUUGCUGACAGGGAGCUGGUUCACAUGAUCAACUGGGCAAAGAGGGUGCCAGGCUUUGUCGAUUUGAGCCUCCAUGAUCAAGUCCACCUUCUGGAAUGUGCCUGGCUAGAGAUCCUGAUGAUUGGACUUGUCUGGCGCUCCAUGGAGCACCCAGGGAAGCUCCUAUUUGCUCCUAACUUGCUCCUGGACAGGAACCAGGGAAAGUGUGUAGAGGGCAUGGUGGAGAUCUUUGACAUGUUGCUGGCUACGUCAUCUCGGUUUCGUAUGAUGAAUCUCCAGGGAGAGGAGUUCGUGUGCCUCAAAUCCAUCAUUUUGCUUAAUUCUGGAGUGUACACAUUUCUGUCCAGCACCCUGAAGUCUCUGGAAGAGAAGGACCAUAUCCACCGUGUCCUGGACAAGAUCACAGACACCUUGAUCCAUCUGAUGGCCAAGGCGGGCCUCACACUCCAGCAGCAGCACCGGCGUCUGGCCCAGCUCCUCCUCAUCCUCUCCCACAUCAGGCACAUGAGUAACAAAGGCAUGGAGCACCUGUACAGCAUGAAGUGCAAGAACGUGGUGCCUCUCUACGACCUGCUGCUGGAGAUGUUGGAUGCCCACCGCCUGCAUGCCCCAGCCAGCCGUGGGGGUGCGCCUGUGGAGGAGAUGAACCAGAGCCAGCUGGCCACCACGGGCUCAACUUCAUCACAUUCCUUGCAAGCAUAUUACAUCACCGAGGAGGCAGGGAGUUUCCCCACCACGGUCUGAGAGCUCCCAGGCUACCCCAAGGUCCUGAGAAUCCCUGCGGCAUUUUACCCACGUCAGGCAUCACGAUAGCAGAGUUCCGCUCCUGCGCACACUCCAGCAUGCAUCCACCACCGUGGCUUUCUAAUACGAGUGGCCAUUUGCUUGCUCAGUUCUUAGUGGCACUCCUUCUUUUGGGAACAGCCAAAGGGAUUCCAGGGCUAAAUUCUUUGACUCUCUCUCUCUCUCUCUCCCUUUGCUACAUUACUAAGCGUGAGGAUUCUGUAGCUUUUCAUGACUGAACUCAGUCUAUGAGCUGGGACUCAGGUGACUGUGCAUUUAAGCUACUUGUUGAGACCCAGACCUGCAGAGUGGACAUUUCAUCUCUGUGAAGUGCUUUUUAAUGGAUCUAAGAAAAAGCCCCAGGAAAGACUUGAAAGUGGCUCCUUUAAUUGCUGACUGGGAGAAAGCUAGGUCAAGGGUUCAUUAUGGCAUCGUCUUGUAUUCCUAUAGUAACAUAUCAUUUUAUUAAAGUAAUACCUUGAAGCUUUUGCUCUGCUGCAUGGCUGGAGCUGAAUAUUCAGUGAUUGUCCAUUCAUUUGCCCUAUAGGAAUACAAGAUGCCCACAGAGAAGGAGGGUCCCCUAAUUGUCAAAACGUUGUCAAGUUAAUACACUGACCUUCAGAUUUGCUGAAUGUUCUUCCACUGGUUUUUGAGAACACUGUACAGGUCAUGGGUUCCAGUUAAUUCUUGCUUCCCAUGGACCUAUGGAAAACAGCAAGUUGAUCCCAGUUAAGUCACCUCCACAUAGACCAGUUUCCUUUUAAGGGAUAAAUUAUUGGGGUUUUGUUUUUAGCCUUCUCCCCCCAGGACUUGCUGAGUAUCAGCUUCAGGACCUAGUCUUGUGUGGUCUCACACCUACCAGCAGAGGGCGCUCUGCCAGGCUCUUCCUGGUGUGUAACUUACACAGAGGGUGAAUUCAUCACACGUAGCAGUGCCCAGCAUAUGACCAAGGACAGUUUAAAUCAAUAGGCACCCUGGUGACACUUUUAGCCCUGGGGCACUUGGGUCAAUAGUAAAUGUGCAUGAUUAUUGUAAAUACUAGAGAACAGGAGGAAAGUAGGGUAGAACCCGGAUAAAACUGAGAGGCUCAUGGUGACCCUGCCUCAGGCGGUAGCUCUGUCCAGGAGUGCCCCUGGCAGGCCCUGUGUGCACUGUGGGGCCGCCCUGGGACCCGUGGGCACCCCUUCUCUUCUCGCCCCCCUGGCUGGAAGGAGCAGCAGUAGACAGCUGUGUUCCUCCAGUUGGCCCAGCACGCUGUCGGGUGGGGCUGGAGGGCGAUGCUUAGAGGCUCCCUACUCAGGCUGCCGGGGACCGGGUCAGACUCCACGUGCUCUUGGUUGUUUAGAGCUCAUCCAAAAACCAGGGUUUGGCCUUGGGGAAAAAAAGUACCCCAAAGCUCAUUUCAUUAAACUUCAUAAGCCAAGAGAGCGAGACUAGAAUUGGGCCAUAGGAAUCCUUUGCCCUAUAGGCUAAACAAGAAGGGCUCAGUCCAGCCGCAGGGCAGCCUUUCCUAGGCCUUUGAUUCUCCAGAGCAACUAGGGUUUAUCUCUUCUUCUCAGCCAAAAAGUAAGUUUGGUUUCCUCCGGCGACCUCACUGGGUAUGAUUCAAACCCCGUUGAGAGGUGAUGUGUUACCAACAACCCAGCCGAUCUUCUAGGGCUUCUCUUGGGAUGCCUGUUUCAAAAAGUGGAUUUCAUUCAUUUUUGAUUACUUAGUAAGCGAGCACCAAAGGACUAGGAACCUGGGAGGGCCAAAAAAUAAAAAAAUAGAAAAGUUUUUUUCAUAUAUGUGCAUCUGAAUUUAGGGGCAGUUUUGUGUAUCUGCAGUAAGGAUAUGUUUAGAACAUAAUUCUUUUGUUGUUUUGUUUAAGAAGCACCUUAUAUAGCAUAAUAUAUAUUUUUUUUGAAAUUACAAUGCUUGUUUAUCAGACAAUUGAAUGUAGUAAUUCCGUCCUGGAUUUCAUUUGACUGGGUUAAACGUGCAAAACCAACGAAAAAUAUUUAGUUUUUUUGUAUAGCUACCUUGUCAUGUAUGCAGUCAUUGAUGCGUAGGGCCUGGUGAUUAUUCAUUUAAAUGAAGAUCACGUUUCAUAUCAACUUUUAUAUCCACAGUAGACAAAAUAGCACUAAUCCAGAUGCCUAUUGUUGGAUAUCGAAUGAUAGACAAUCUUAUGUAGCAGAGAUUAUGCCUGCAAAGGAAAAUUAUUCAGGGCAGCUAAUUUUGCUUUACCAAAAUAUCAGUAGUAAUAUUUUUGGACAGUACCUAAUGGGUCAGUGGGUUCUUUUUAAUGUUUAUACUUAGAUUUUCUUUUAAAAAAAUAAAAACAGACAAAAAAUUUCUAGUACUAUAGAUGAUGUAAUAGCAGCUAAAUCCAAACAAUAAUAAAGUGGAGGGUUUUACAUUGUUCAUCUAAUGUGUUUGUAUUCAUGUUAAAGAUACUACUACCUUUGAAAUGGGCAGAGAACACCAGAUGGUUGGAAUGUUAGCCCAGGGAAAUUCAAAUAAUUUUAGAAGUCUCUUUUUAUUCUUAUUUGAAGUGCCACUAAUGGACAGCUGACACUUUGCAGCUGGUACUGCUGUUGGGGGUAGGGAACAUGUUGUAUCGCCCCCUCCGCCCGCCCUCCCCGAGGCAAUUUAAGUUUUGAAAGAUAUAAUCAACCUGGGGGUUAGGGUAGGGUGGGGAAGUAGGUUCAGGAAUUUCAAGAGUGGGAAAUACAGUAAUAAGAGCCUUGCAAGUAUUUUGAGGCAGAUGGAUACUGGCACCUGGGGUAUGAACCAGGCUUCUGUAUUCCUCUAGUGCCCUGUGAACUGCGAAUGAUGACCAUUUCUAAAAUGGCAGCCAGGGUUCUACGGAAGAGCAAGCAUCGUCCGUGGUACCAUCUAAGAAAUAGCUAGCUAGUGGUCUGUGUUUCUUUUGGCCGCUGCCUGGCUCCGGGCUUGCCGUAAAGAUUCUGGAAUGCUGUCAUGCAACCAUCAGAGAGGCUAGUUCAUCCAAAGAGAAGACCCUACAGAGGUUGCAAAAUCCAGCCCCAAAGGAAGUGGAGUCGUUGGUUAGAGUUUCCUCUGAACCUUGCAAGGCCGUCUAACCAUGCCAUAUCCCAUGCCUUCUGGGGGCUGAACAAAUAAGGGACUUCCUGAUAAUUUACUCUCGAUCACAUUAAAGUGUUCUCGCAUUAAAACCUUAGACACUGAAAUGGCCAUUGAGUUAGGCUGUUGGUUUAGAGAACCCCUCCAUGAAACCAAUUCCAAAUCCUUUCCUCUUCAUACUUUCCCACUCUGAGAUGGACUGUGGAUGCCGGGAAUGAUCACUAGGGCCGUAGUCAUAGCUAAUAUUCACAGGCAAAUCUGCUUUGAGAAACUAGUUAUUUGGAAGGCAGAUAGAGUCGUAUAGUAGUUUCUGAGGCUAUCCUGCUUCCCUUCGGUGCAAGUCUGGGGAGGAUGAUCCAGAUUACACUGCACACUUCCUAGGUGAACUCCCUGAAAACUUACUCUCAACUGGAGCAAAUGAAUUAAACUGUGGUCCCAAAUAUUCAUCUUCUCACUAGUGUGAUUCCUCUGUUUCUAACUGCAUCUCCUUUUCAUUUGGGUUAAAGUGAGUGUGACCUCUUUCUAUGUCAUUUAUAAUUGUUUUCUCAGUAACCGCUGCCUUGAUUAUGGCACUUCAAUUUUGCACUGUCUUUCAGAGGUUCAAGAAAAAUUUCUAUUCUUUUUUUUUUUUUGCAUCCAAAUGUGCCUGAACUUUUUAAAUAUGUAAAUGCUGCCAUGUUCCAAACCCAUCUUCAGUGUGUUUGUACAGAGCUGUGUACCCUGGAAACAACAUACAGCCCCAUGAGCAGGUGCCUGAGAUGUGGACCCCUUUGCAUUCACAGAGAGGUCAUUGGUCAUAGAGACUUGAAUUAAUAAGUGACAUUAUGCCAGUUUAUGUUCUCUCACAGCUUAUAUACAAUGCUUUUUGUGCACAGCAUAUUCUUCAAUGUAGAGCUCUUGUUUUAUGGGAAAAGGCUUAUAUGCCAAAUUGUGUCUGAUGGUUUAAUAUGCCUUUUCGCUGAUGCAUACUAUUAUUGAUGUGAUUCUGUUUUGUUGCAGCUUCGCAUUGUUUAAUGAAACACACUUGUAAACCUCUUUUGCACCUUUUAAAAAGUAAGGAGUCCAGUGGGAUGCUCAAGCACCUGUAAACAAUUUUCUCAAUCUAUUUGAUGUUCAAAUAAAAAAUUAAACGAA